UCUCAUUUCUCAAUGAUGAUGUUGUUACGGAAGCAGCAUUCUUUGGCCAACUCCAUUGCAACCAUCACUGCUCUAUCAUCCCUAACAACACUCAAUCCUUCCACACCCAGAUCAGGCACAACAAGAAAUGUUGAAAUCAACAACAAAUUUCACAAUCCAUUUGUCAUUGGAGGACCCAAGAGAUUUUACUCUUUAUUUGAAACUGUUCCUUACACGAAACGAACCCGUUUUAUUUGUCUAGCAACAACUUUUGAGAGGAAUGUAACAAAGGGCUUUGAAGAAUACAAACAAAGGUUUGAAGGACGUACAAUGCCUCCAACCCAUCAAGAAAGUGUAAGGCUUACAAAGAUUCUCAAUAAUAUUAUUGAUGCAUUGCUGAGAGAGAGAAACAAAAUGAGCCAUGAAUCUGAGUGUACCAUUUCACAUUUGGAUGGAUUAAAUUGGGAGGUUUUGGUAGUUUUUUUAACUAAUAUGUCUGUCGGAUGUUUUCCCAAUGGGAAGAUAGUUCUAAGCUGGGAUUUGAUUAGGCAUUUUCCAAGUGAUGCAGAGAAAGCAACUAUAAUUGCACAUGAGGUUGCGCGUGUUGUUGCUCGACACUUUGUUGAACAGGUAACAAAGAACUUGUGGUUUUAUGCUAUACAUAGGAUGCUUAUUUGUCACCAUUGAUUAUGAAAAAAGUGUGUUACCACUUGUCAAUAGACUACCUUUCAACCGGCGGUAUGAUUAAUUCAUUAUCUUUCUUUUCUAAACCAUUCAUUUUCAUUUCAUUGAUAGAGCUUUUAAGGAAGAUACUUCAGAAACUAAAUAAAUAUUUUAAGAAUUUAUGAGCAAUGACUCUGUUUAUGCUACUUAUUCUUCCUUAUAGAUAGGUUCAUGAUCAGUGGCCUUAAGUUUUCUAUUGAUGCAUCUAUAUCACCUUUGUAACAUUCUAUUACGACUAUCUAACAGUGAUCUGGUAUGGCUUUUUUCUGUGCUGCAUCUGCUGUGUUCUAAUGGUCCUUUCUGUCAUUCAAUGUUGUCUUCUUUGUUACAUAUAUGCUUAUGUUUGUUCUCAACCCAAUUUAUUCACAAUUUGCAGGUUUGAAUUUGAAGCUGAUUAUAUCGGGCUUCUACUAAUGGCAGCAGCUGGCUAUGAUCCUCGGGUGGCUCCUAAAGUCUACGAGGAGCUGGGAAAGUUAAGCGGACAUAACAAUGAUUUUAUGUUUACAGGUUUUCUUAGUACCCAUUCAUCAGGAAGACAAAGAGCCAAAGCAUUGGCUCAACCUAAGAUAAUGGAAGAAGCUCUUAUUCUAUAUAAUGAUGCAAGAGCAAGGAGUGAGGUUAACUGAUUUCAUUCUUUAGGAAUGCACAUUCACCAGUUUUGGUAUGGUUGUAUUAUGAUCUUUAUGGGACUUGAUUGUUAGACUUGUGUUUUCAAAUAAGCGACGCUUUAUGUUAGAAAA